AUGGCCCCCGAACCUCCACCAAACGAUUACGAGGCUGAGGCCCACGACAUUUACCUAGGAAAAAACCGCCGGCUUGCCGACCCAGUCUUCUUCCCAGCUUCUAAGCGUUCGAAUCAUGAAAUGAGGGUAAUUGAAGAGACGCUUGUCCGUGAAAUGGAAUUGGAGCCCGAUGGACCUCGAGAAUUCACGAAAAAUGUCAUGGUCCUAUGGGGCUGGGGCAUAUGUACACGAUGGCCCCCAGGCGGCCCAGUUCCCCGACUUGAAGACUUUGGAAAGGCCAUGGAUGCAAUGGCCGCUGACGUACACGGCCAUUGGAAAGAAAUCCAGUCCUUGGUCAGAAAUCAUGAGGAUGCCAUCCGCGACUGGAUCCUCCGCUUCUCUCCCGGCAUUGAGAAACAAGAGUCUCGGGACAAGAACAUGUUGUAUGCUGGCAUACAACAAAGUUGGGAACGCACUGUCAAGACAUUCAACGACUGUGCCGACGACAUCAAGAUCUUCAUGAAGUCUGAUUCCAUCGAAUCCGAUUUUGAGAUUGACGUCCCCAACUAUCCCGAGUAUGAGAAAACUCGAAGGCUCCCUUUUUCGUUCAUGUGCGAAAACUUCUUGAUGGGGCACACACACGCUCCACCAGAGGGCCGAGAUCACUAUGUUGCCCUUUACUCCCACCCCUACAACUUUUUCAACGACCAAUCAGAUGGAGAGGAACUUGAACCGUGCGAAUGUGAGUGUCUGGGCUGUCAAUGCAAUGAUGAGGCGUCACGCGAGUUCUACAAAGGACAACGAAUCUUGUUCUUGGCCCCUCACAUAGCCUCGUGCGAUUUGCAAGAUCCCAAUUGCCUACUUUCCUUCAUCCACUAUCGUGGUCGGCAACAUCCGUCUGUGUUUGUUAAAAUGGACAAUGAUAUGACUUUCAUUGGUAGACGGACUUAUCAUCUGACCGGCCCCUUGAUCCCGAACCGCAUGGUCAGCUUCGACAUCUCAAAGGGGUAUCGUCCAAAAUUGUGGAAAGGGUGGGCUAGUCGCCCGAACCCUGAGAUUUCGGGCGGGAGCAAGGAAGAAUAUGAUCAUCUUUGGCAUCAAGGCCAGUUGUUUGGAGCAUCAGAAGCCUGGAUCAUGCUCCAGAGCCAGCGAGCCACUUAUCACUACCUCAGACACCUCCUCGGGUUUAUCUGCCGCGAGAUAAAGCUCCAAGUAUCCCCCAAGGCGAACCCCAAGCCGCCAGGAGAACUAGAGCGCAUAUUUCGCAGUUCAAGGGCCUCGAUGGAUGUCAUCGCCCAGAGGGCUUUGGCCAACUGGUUCGCUUUUACUAAGCAGCAGGCUUUCCUCCCUCCACCAAUACAAAUCUCCCCAAGAUAUAUGCAAGAUCUCCAAUUCAAGAUGGAAGUCGCCGAGAAACAUAUACAGGAGCUCUUCAGCGACCCAGGGUAUUUCUUUGACUGUAUCAAUACACUCAAAGGGCAUCAUUGGGCAAAUAUCGAAAUGCAAAAGGACGAGACAAUGAUCAACAACCGUGGCCUUGCUUCCAUAUACGUGGAGAAAUACGUCGAGGAGGAUUAUCGGCAUAUUCUCUAUUUUGAUCUCAUUAGGGGCGUGCUGAGGCGAUCAAUUUUCGAAUUCUACAUGUGGCACGCUGCUUACACUCGCCUUCAGGAAUUUCAAACCACGAUGAGAAAGACGUUCAAAGACUACGGCAAAGAAGAGGAGUCUGAUACAGACGGAACCAAGAUGCUCCAGCAGCCUCCAAUGUUUCUUUCUGACAAGGCGAGACGUGCUCACGCCGCAUUGGCAGAAAAAUACCUGUCUCUGGUCGUUUUGCUACGAUAUGAUGCCGUCUUUUUCAUCAACGAGUUCCGCAAGAAAGGUAUUCAUGCUGGUGAUCAUACAGUGUUUGAAGUGGCUUACGUCGACCAACCUCAGGAGGAAACUCAAAGCCGCCAAAACACCAUACAAAAGAAGCACUAUGGAGCUCCGGACCUGAAAUGCCGCCCGAAAUUCAGGAACAAAUCGCUUCGCGUUGACGAAUAUUCAGCAGAUGAGAUUCUUCGAAUGUUCUUCUUCAACAGCAUGGACAACUUCAUCUCCGAUGCUUUGAACUGCACAAACUGCGGCAUCACGGAGGCGGCAGGCUAUCUCCAAGCAAUGUCUCGAGCCCACGAUCCGGACAGCACAAAGCUCAUCUUCACAGACUUGAUGGACGACACCAUCGAUAAUCUCAAUCUGCUAUCCUCGCUUGCUGACCACCUGGAGUGUUUGUGGCCCGCCAUGGACAAAGUCGGGGGCGCAGCCGUGGACGAGACCGUCCGCCGAAGGUAUUUCGACUUGGGCAGCAAGGAUAUUUCCAUCAACUUUCUGAAUUUUGACGACUUUGACUUUGAAAAGAAGAUCCCCACGAAGCGCCUAAACAGACUGUUUCUCUUCUUCGAUGAACUGCAGGGCUUCAAGGAUGAAUCAAUUUCGAUGGGACAUGCCAGAGGUGAUCUGAAGAGGUUUGGGGCCUCGCUGCUCUGUAAGUUUAUAUGCCCCCUCAACAGCGAAGGGCGUGGCUCCAAGGCCAACCAAGAAGCAAUUUCUAGACUUGAAAAGGCAAUGGGAGUAUCUGGAUCCGAUUACGUCUUCAACGUAAAAGAAACGCCCUUCAACCUGGACGAAAUCAAAGCAGCCAAGGGAGCAAAGGUCCAUUUGGAAAGUCAGCCGUCAAGCCAUCGCAACGUCGCAGCUCGUGAGAAGGAUAAAGCUAGAGAGCGCCAGCAGGAAAGAGAAGCCUUCAAAGACGCGGUAUGGGUGGAAAGGGAUGGCAUGGCGGAGGUGUACAAGUACAAUCCGCGAUGGAUGCAGUCACUCCAUUCUGCUCUCGAACAGUUGCAGCUCCCGCCCAUCCCCGGUCUAGUCGAUGCUCUAUCCAGCCUUUCCCUCCAGUCAGCCCCCAAGGCUCCAGACGGCCAGCCCAAAGGCGUUAUGAAGAAACGCGAGUGGGCCACGCUUGAAGCCGUCUACAACGUUCAUGGCAGCGCCAAUGCAGCUGUUUCCUACGCUCAACUCAAGUUGGCGAUGGGGGCGAUGGGAUAUAAAGAGGAUCCCAGCGGGGGGAGUCACAUGAGGUUCGUCAGACAGGACGGUAGGUGGCCGCAUGAUGUGCUGCCAAAAGGUGAGAAUGUUAUCGUUGCGCGAACACACGGAGGAGAGCGAGCUGCGGCGGCCAAGGGGAAGGCGAUGGAUUGGGGAAAGAGGUUUGUUGAGAGAGGGUUGACAUUUGACUUUAUUCAGCAGUGGUACGUGAAGGGAUGA